AUGUCUAUAAAAUCUUGGUUUUUACACAAGUUGACUUUUUCCUCUUCUUCUUCUACUUCUUCCUCUGCUUCACCUUCAUUAUUCUUUGGAUUACUUAAAUUAGCCAUGAAUGAAUCAAGGUUAAAGACCAAUCCAUCAUUUGCCAGUGCAGUGACAAUCCCAAAUUGUCCAUCGGCAGACAGCACCAGAAAAAAGACAUUGACACCAUCCAUAUAUACUGAAAAGUCGGCUACUAUUGCUGAGCCAGAGAAUAAGCUUAAAUUGUUUGCUAUUGCUUUCAGAAAAACAUGCUGGGCUUUGUUUGUAAAAUAUUGGUUUUUGCUGGGUCUACUAGUCGCUAUCAUUCUGGCCAUCUUCUUUCCCAAUGUUGCUAGAAAAGGAGGUUACAUUCGAGCUGAAUGGACCAUCAAAUGGGGUAUUGUAUUGCUUGUGUUACUGGUUAAUCUCUAUAUACUCAUCUAUUUACUGAUAGGCGCUGUUGUGGUUAUCUUCUUGAUCUCUGGAUUAUCUCUACGCACAAAAAUAUUGGCAGAAACCAUCUUGCGUGUUCGACUUCACUUGCUGAUCCAAAUGAUCAAUCUCAUCAUUAUCCCAUUUACUGUAUAUGGUCUUGUGCUAUUAUUCUUCAAGUGCCACAUGAACAUCAACUCAUUACUGCUUGUUGGUGUUGUGAUUGCAGCAAGCACACCUACCACGGUCUCUUCAAAUGUUGUCAUGACCAAAAAUGCUAAUGGAAAUGAAGCAUCAGCCCUUAUGAAUGCUGCUCUGGGAAAUGUGCUUGGUAUCUUUGUUUCUCCUGCUCUUGUAUCCGCAUUCCAGACACCAUUGCUAGCUGCUACACCCGAGGAUGAAAGUGCAGCACAGGCUGGUGGCCAAGUUGAUUUCGCUCAAGUAUUAAAGCAACUUGGUGCCACUGUCUUGGCUCCACUGAUUGUGGGUCAAGUCAUCCAAUGGUUUUUUACGGAACCUGUGGCUAAAUUCAAAGUAAAGUGCAGACUAUCUGAUGUUAGUAGUUUCAUGUUGUUGACCAUGGUGUGGUCCGUCUUUUCUGACGCCGUGUACUCUGGCUCAUUUUCAGCUGUCAGUGCUAAAGACAUUGUUGCUGUAGCCAUCAUGAAUGCAGGAUUUUACAUUGUAUUCUCCUUGCUUUGUCUCGUACUGGCCAGAUUGCCAUUGCCUAAAUUCAUUUCAACUCCUGCCCUCGUGAAAAGACUUCGGUAUUCUCGUGAAGAUACAGUUGCCAUUAUGUACUGUGGCGCCACAAAGACUGUUGCAAUGGGUGUCCCACUGAUCAAUGUGCUGUAUCAAAACGGCGAUCCAGGUACCAUUGGCGUCUUGUCUACACCGCUCUUAUUAUACCAUGUUGAGCAACUGAUCCUCGGUAACAUUGAAGUUGAAAUCUUGAAAAAGUGGGUCAAGCGAGGCAAAGAGAGACGCGAAGCUCAAGAAGCAGCAGCAGCACCUCCUGCCAGGGAUGAAGAAGAGAAUGUACAAUAUGACAGUGAAGUAACACAGGUAGCUUCUCGCAUUGGCCCUCAUACGCAUUCACCCUCCCCAUUAUCUCAACUGCAUUACAGCUAUGAGAAAUAG